AUGUACGAUGCCUCUACAGACCCGGAAGACCACCUCUCGGUAUUCCUGACGCAUAUGCGCCUGCAAACCGCCGCGGAUGAGGUUCGCUGCAAGACCUUCCCUAUGUUUCUAAAGGGGAAGGCGCGGCUCUGGUUCCAGGGACUGAAACCGGGAUCUAUACGGAGCUUUCCCGAGCUGGCCCGGCAGUUUGCAGCCCAAUUCGUCUCCUCGAAUGUUUACGCGAGGAACGCAACCCACCUGAUGUCCAUCAGGCAAAGGCCCGACGAGUCGCUGAGGAAUUUCAUGACCCGCUUCAACGCGGAGAGCUUGCAGGUCAGGGACAAGGACGAAAAAGUGGUGAUGGCCGCCUUCACAAACGGGCUCAGGGUGGAGGAGCUUUUCUACGAUCUGGCCAAGAAUCCUCCCGUAAACCUGGAAGAGCUCCUACGCAGGGCUCACGAGGCUGCCAACGCGGAGGAGGCGGGUCGCCUAAAGAAAGAGUCAGAUCGGGAGAUCGGAGAUCGUAAAGGCCGGACCAACCCCCUGGAGGUGAAGGAGGCCCCGGCCAAGAAAAAUGUCUUUGAUCGGCUCUCGAAGGAGAAGACCCCUGCUCUGCCACCACUCUCAGAGAAGACCUACACCCCUCUAACACGGCCCAGAGCUCAGAUCUUGGCCGUCAUGGAGGCGGAAGGGCUGGGAGAUCGGCCGCCCAAGAUGGGGACGCCCCGGAACAAAAGGAACCAGGACCAAUAUUGCGCCUUUCACCGUGACGUCGGACACGACACGGAGGGGUGCUGGGCCCUGCGUAAGGAGAUUGAAGACCUGAUCCAACGUGGCUUUCUAGGUCGGUUCGUACGCCGACCAGGUCAGGAGUUCGGGCGCAACCAUUACGGGGAUAGGCGUGAGGGACAGCGUCGCGACCGUCCAGAGCGGCGGGAGGCUCCUCGGAACCACUCUCCCGACCAGGAUACCCAGAACCUGGUGGGAGUGAUAAACACCAUUGCGGGAGGUCCCACGGGGGGGGACAGUCACGCAGCCCGGAAGAAUAAGCGGCCACCCCCGAAGGGGACGACUCCUUGA